GACAUUUCUACGGGCUCGACUCUGCUUUCGCUUUCCCCGGCCUCCGAUAUUAAUGUAAAUGUUUUCAGUAAAAGACUGUUCGUGUGGAGAAACAGGGGGCGACUGGAUGUUUUUAAAUUUGCUGUGGGAACUCCUUGGGAUUUUCAAGGAGCAUCUUCAGAUUCAUUGCAUGAAUGCAAGAUAACUUUAUCCAGAUCUCUCUUUAUUCCCCCUUUUCACAGCCUCAUAUCAAAGGCACUGUACAGAAUAUUGGAUGUAAAAAACAAACAAACAAACAAACUGGUUUUGUCAGUGACAGUGAUGUUGCACCUUAGCUUUAUAAAAUUUUUUUUUUUUUUAUUACCACUGGAUGCCUUGUUUCUCUGUCCAAAAGAAGACAAAUCACGAGGACAUGUGAAAAGUUGGAAGAAGUCAUUUUAGUCUCUGAAUCCGCUGGGUGAAUAAUAAGAAAAAACAAAUGUAUAAUUCUGUAUAUUUAGAGAUAUUCGAUGGGAAAGUUUCUUUAUCCAGGGUUUUAAAAAGAACGUGCUUUUGUAACAGAGCAAACUUAUAAAUAUUCUUUGGGAAUAAAAGAGAAAAUGUAAGAGGCUUUUGUGAUUUUUCAUAAAAUGGAUGUUAAUUUGUGGCUCCUGUCGGUUGCGACAAACACCGUCGUCGUCGGUACAGUCGUCUUUUGUCAUUUCUCCGUCAUUUUUCUGUUGAUGCCUUGAUGUAAUUACACUAAGACAGUUAAAAAGGAGCAGGACUAAAAUAGAAACGGGCGGCCUGCUGAUACUCUGCUGUUUCCAUCUGUGCAGUCGGAAUAAUGUCAGUGUUUCCCAGAAGACAUGAGCAGUUAAUUAACCACUCCUCUGUUCGUUACCUUUCAGAGAAUCAGUCCCACUGGAAAUGACAAGGUUUUUUUUUUGGUUUUUUUUUUAUGUAAAUUUUGAAAAAUCGUUAGGUAGUAACAACUCGAUCCAAUGGGGUUAAACAUGAUUUUUAUGUAAAAAAAUAGAUCUAACAGAACAAGGUGUUCUCUUUGCACAUGUCUAGUCUGUCUGCAAUCACAGACAGCCAAGCUGUUACUGAGCCUGACUGUGUGUUCAGGCAGCGACUUUUUUUUUUUUUUUUUUUUCCCCUUCAGUCUCAUCUCUGUCAUCGUGUAUAAAAAUAUCGUGCUUGCACAGCCAGUCGCACGCGCGUUUUCAUCAGUCUCCUCUGAUCGUGGUUCUGGCCCGUUGUACUGCAGUCUGAUUUCAAAAUCGAGGUGAAGAUCUGCCUGCUUGUCUGUGAUGUUUGCCUAACAACCAAGCAAACAACACUCAGGCAGCAGACGAAUGAAUAACUGCACGUUAUUCAGUUCAACUUCACACUGAGGGCGAAAAAGACUCAAAGGAAGACGGCUCUUCCUUUCAGAUGAGCUAAACUCGCCCUGGUUUCAGUUGCGUUGCACUUGUAAGGAUAUUUUGAGGAUGUUGUGAGCAGAAAAGCACAGAAAAAAAUGCUAUUUUUGUCUUGCCUGUUAAUAGUUCGGUUAUGUUCACAGAUCUGUAGCCAGUAGGACAAAUCAGGUGACCAAAAUGUCUUUUUCGUUUUGUAUCCUUCGUUUUUCAACUACCGAGAUUACCCUGAAAUAUUUACAAUUACGAUAUAUAUAUUUCGAGUAAAUUUAGUUUGUAUUUAUUAAACGUUUUGCCUCAACGAACACUUAGAUAAAAACAACACAUCGGGAAAUAAAAAUACAUGUUAUACUGUAUCAGAUAUAAUUAUGACAGAAUCAGAAUUUGUAUUUUUUUUAUAUAUUUAUGUACUGUAUAUAUUAGCUUAUUAUAGACAUGGCUGAGUAAUAAUUUGUUAUUUGCCAUAGAAUGCUGUGUACUGUAGAUGCUGCGUUUGUGUGCUCCGUGUUGCCUGCGGACGCAGCAUCACUUCUCCCAUCAGCACCACUAAGCUGUGACGGUGAUGGGAGGAGGGGCAGGAGCAUCAGCAGGGGGAGGGGCCUCGGUCAGAAUGUGCCAAGGCUUCGUCCUCGCAGCACAGAUCUGCAGCAGAUGCAGGACGGGACAGGUCGCUAUGUACCUCCUCCUCCUCUUCCUCUUCCUCUUCGUCCUCUUCUGCUGCGUUUGUGUGUGCGUGUGUGUUUGUGUGUGUGAUACGGAGCAAAGCUGGAGCCCGCGGUCCACCGGUCACUGCUGCAGGAGAAACAGCAGCAUCAGCAGUUCCCGCAUCACUUGGAGCAGCAGUGGAGCGGCGGCAACGAGCGGCAGCCUCCCCCCUGGACGGACGAACUGGCCGAAAUGUCCCGACACAUCUACACCAGACACGGGAUAGGAGAGGGACUGCAGAAGACCGCCGUGUUUCAGACAAAUAGAGGGACCUACUCCAGACGCAGCCGACUGAAACGAUCUGACGGCAGCACCACGUCCACCAGCUUCAUCCUCAGACAGGGUUCAGCUGAUUCCUACACGAGCCGACCGUCAGACUCGGAUGUUUCCCUGGAGGAGGAGAAGGAGGGAGGUCGUCAGGAGAAGGAGCAGCAGGCCACCGUCCAGCUGGACAGAGCAAAAUCCAAAUCGGUGGCAUUUGCCGUGAGGACUAAUGUCAGUUACUGCGGAGCUCUGGAUGAAGAUGUUCCUGUGGCUGGUACCGGCAUCUCCUUCGAUGCCAAGGACUUCCUCCACAUCAAAGAGAAGUACAAUAACGACUGGUGGAUUGGCCGUCUGGUGAAGGAAGGCUGUGACAUUGGCUUCAUUCCGAGUCCGCUGAAGUUGGAGAACAUCAGAAUCCAGCAGGAGCAGAAGAGAGGACGUUUCCAUGGCAGUAAGUCCAGUGGCAAUUCUUCCUCAAGUCUGGGAGAAAUGGUGUCAGGAACAUUCAAAGGAAACCCAAACUCUGCAGGCAAACAGAAACAGAAAGUGACUGAACACGUUCCUCCCUACGAUGUGGUUCCCUCCAUGAGACCAGUCGUCCUGGUUGGACCCUCCCUCAAAGGCUACGAGGUGACAGAUAUGAUGCAGAAAGCUCUGUUCGACUUCCUGAAGCACAGGUUUGACGGCAGGAUAUCAAUUACCAGGGUAACAGCCGACAUAUCCUUGGCCAAGAGGUCAGUACUAAACAACCCAAGUAAGAGGGCCAUCAUUGAGAGAUCCAACACGCGCUCCAGCCUUGCCGAGGUCCAGAGUGAGAUCGAGAGGAUCUUUGAGCUGGCCCGCUCUCUACAGCUGGUGGUGCUGGACGCGGACACCAUCAACCACCCUGCACAGCUCAUCAAGACCUCAUUAGCGCCCAUUAUUGUCCAUGUCAAGGUGUCCUCACCCAAGGUUCUGCAGCGGCUGAUCAAAUCCAGAGGGAAAUCUCAAAGCAAACACCUGAACGUUCAGCUGGUUGCAGCCGAAAAGCUGUCACAGUGUCCCUCUGAAAUGUUUGACAUCAUCCUGGAUGAGAACCAGUUGGAGGACGCCUGUGAACAUCUGGCAGAGUAUCUGGAAGCCUAUUGGCGAGCUACGCACACGUCCCUCACCACGCCGCUCAACCCGCUGCUGGGACGCAACCUGGGCUCCACGGCUCUGUCACCGUAUCCUGCUGCCAUUCAGGCCCAAAGAAACCGGAACAGCAACCAUACGACGACAGACCAUUCGGCCGUGGAACGUCGCAGCCUGAUGCCCGCCGAUGAGAACUACCAUAACAACGAGCGCGUGAGAAAGAAUCGGAAUCGUCUGUCGUCCGGGUCACAGCAGAGCCGGGACCACUCGCCUCUGAUGGAGGAGGACUUCCAGGACCCUUACCAGGACUCUUACAAGCCUCAUCGUAACCGGGGGUCACCUGGAGGCUACAGCCAGGAGUCCAGACACAGGCUUUAAGCUCUAACUGUCAUCUGAGGUGUGUCCUUCUCUGAAGAACCACCGUGAUCCCUGGGAGCUGAAGCGGCUUUACUGUAUCAUGAUAAAACGAACUACACUCAUUCAGACUGAGUAUUGACGUGUAGACCCUCAUAUUUCCUCCGGUCUUUAGCUAAAUGGACAUUUGAACGAAGAAGAAAUAAAAAAAACUGAGUGUAGCGCAGGACCAGACGAGGGAAAAAUGAAACUGGAGCUGCUGUGUAAAUGUCCCAAGUGUGAGUGAAGAUUACUUCAGAAACCCAGCCCACCAUCACAGCUGUUACAGGUAGCAAGCAGGAAGAAGUCCAAGUCCAAAGCCAGAAAGCAGGAGCAUCCAGCACGGGUGGAGAUCAGGACGGCGGAGCCUGUUUGCACGCAAUCCGGAGCUGAUGGAAGCAAAAUUUAAUUUCUCUUUAAUGAUUCUCUUGUUUGAUUUGUCACUGCCCUCCGGUGUGAGCUUCAUCGAAACUAGAUUCGCAGACAGAAAUGCAACACGACAUGUAGCUCCUUGUGCGUGUUCAGUCGUUCCACCUCUUUGUCAUAACCGUAUCAACGCAGGAAUAUAGAAAAAAAAAUCAGAUCACUGCUGAUGCUUGUGUGUGUUUUUUUUUGUUUUUGUUUUUUUUUAAUUAAUUUAUUUCAAAGCUCCAAAGCUCAGGACGGAGAUGUAGCGUUAAUGUUCUGUCCCAUCUAAUGGGGGUUUGGUUGUGUAAAUUUGUUUUGGAAGAUGUCAUGAUUUAGGUGUCACAAAAAAAAAAGCAGUCAAAGAGAUAGUUGAGUUUAUUUAAAGUGUGGUUUUAUGAGCCUGACAAAAAUGUGGGCAGUAAACUGAUUUUUUUUUUUCUUUUGAGGACAGGAAAAAAAAUAUAAAAUUUGACAUUUAGGAGCUUUUUUAAUACUAUAUAUUUAUAUGCUCAAGUGAACCUUGUGAAAAAAUAGCAUUCUGUGAUUAACCAUAACUUCUAAUGGGGGCGGGGGUACAAAAAAAAAAUUGGUUUCACGUCUGACAGUGCUAUUUUGUAGUAAGAUCAUUUGCUCAAAAAGUAUUCUUAAAAUAUUGCUAAAUAUUGAUAAUAGUUUUCUGUGUCUGCCACAUCCCACUACGCCAUACAACCACACUUUUAAAAAAAUUCUGAACUAUCCCUUUAAUAACAAAUCCUCAGGAUACACUGGAAUGAUUGUGCCUGCACGAAAAUUCAUAUGUAAUGCGAUGAUCAGCUAGUGUUGUCAAGUCAAGCGAGCAUCAUUUUCAAAGGAUUUUACCGAAUUACUUCUACUGAGAGCUUCCAUUUGUAAAUACUGUCACAUAAAAAAAACAAAGUGAAAUUUGAAAUUUUAAUUGAAUGAAAACUUUUUUUUUUUUUUUUUUUUUUUAGUUUUUGCACAUGCCUUCCGACGGUCAGCCAGAAAAAAAAAUCUAAGAGUCAUAGAGUAAUGUUAGCAGAAGAAGAAUAGCAGCUGUUAAUAGUUUAAUUUUAGGUCAGUAGAAAAUAACAUAGAAAGCAAUUGGCAGGACAGUGCUGCGUUAUUAGUCUUGUUUAAAUAUAGAACAGCUCCUUGCAAACCAGUUUUUAAUUAGAAGGAGUCACAGUCACACAUCAACUUUAAGUGACAUGGUCUUUUAGCUUUGGAAACGUUCAUUUUCUUAGUCCUAUGCUCUUAUGCUCUGAUCUUAGUGACUUGUUUUUAAAGGAACUUGGACAAAGAGACUCAUGUUCUUAGUUGCCACAUACAGUAGCGUUAUAGUGUUGUUGUUUAUAAAAAAAAAAAACCCUCUGCAGAAUAAGCUAUAAAUAAAAAGGAAAACAUAAAACUGCCUGUGAGAGAAUGAUGCAUAUUGACUUGAAGUUUGUGUGCACUGUGUCAUUUUACAACUGUAACUAAUAAACUGCCCUGAUGCUGUUG